CGGCCACUUUGGACCCUGAGUUUUAAGUGACUGGGACUUGUGCUAGCAGCAUGCUUCGACGGACACCUCAACGUGGAGUGGUGGAGAUCCCCUAGACCCUGACGCAGCUGAAGAGAUGGUCUCUCUCAACUGCUCAGCCCACUUCAACAACAAUCGCUGAUGGUCUCCGUAGUAUCUUGGUUAAAUGCAAGGGUUGGGGUUGUGAUUCCAAAGAGGAUCAGAGUGAGGAUGGCGCCUUACGCCCUCUCGAUGACCGCUCCGAUAAGCGGUCUCACCAUCAAAGUACUGCUGUGGUGAGUCACACAAACAAGGAGUGAAGAUGUAACAGGAUCCAUAGCUGUAAACAACAUCCCGUUGUGAGAAGAAAAGAAAAGAAAAACGAAAAGGACCGCCGUUGAGUUGCCACUCCCAUCACCCGCAUCCGCCUCGCAAGGUGUUGUACAAGAUGGCCUCAUCAGACUCGGCCUACUCGCCAGCCCAGGUAGCCGAAUACCUCGAGUACAUCGGCCUACCCCAGACCUUCCACCCGUCCUCCAAGCCCACGCUGGACCUGGAUUACCUCACCACGCUCGUCACGCACCAGAUCACCGCGAUCCCCUACGAGAACCUCGCGAUCCACUACUCGGCCCAGCAUGCCGUCGACCUGGACCCGCAGGCCAUCUUCGCCAAGAUCGUGGCCGCCCGCCGCGGCCGCGGCGGCUACUGCAUGGAGAACUCGAUCCUGUUCCACCACAUGCUGCGCGCGCUCGGCUUCGCCGACGUCUGCUACCUGACCGGCGUGCGCACGCGGCCGCGCGUCGACGGCGUCCCGCAGGGCGACUCGUACACGGGCUGGGUGCACCUCGUCAACAUCGUCGCCAUCCCGGCGGGGGGCCGCCAGCCACCAUCCUCAUCCUCUUCAUCUUCAUCAUCAUCAUCCGUCAACAGAUACGUCGUGGACGUCGGGUUCGGCGGCGACGGCAUGACACUCCCCAUGCCGCUUGUCGACGGGCUGGUGCACCACAACUCGGUCGGCACGCAGCAGAUCCGGCUGGUUCGGGACUUCAUCCCCGACCAGCGCUUCCGGGACGAGAGUCGGGGCGCGCAGAAGAUGUGGAUCUACCAGGUGCGCAACGGCGGCGCCGAGCGGGAGUGGGUGAGCUUCUUUGCGUUCCAUGACCAGUUCGAGUUCACCGAGCCGGAUUUCGCCGUCGUCAACUGGUAUACCUCGCAGUCGCCCGAGAGCUUCCAGACCUUCACGCCGCUGGCCAUCAGGUUUGUGAGGGGCGCUGGGGGGGAGGAUGGGAGAAGACCCAAGGUCGUGGGGAAAGUGAUGCUCGUGAAGGGGGUGGUGAAGCGGAAUCUUACGGGCAAGACCGAGGUGGUGAAAGUGUGCGUGACGGAGAGGGAGAGGGUCGAGGCGUUGAGGGAGCACUUUGGGAUUCACCUGACUGAGGAGGAGGCGGAAAGCAUACGCGGGAGGCAGGUAGAGUUGCGUGGGCAGGCUGCGUAGACGGCUUGGGAUAUAAUGAAUGAAUAAACUACACCUUUCUAUACUUGCACUGUUCUGGAAUGGAUUCACUACCUAAGUAGCC